AGGAGGAGGAGCAGGGAAGCGAUAGAAGUGUGUGGAAUCUGAGUCCCUUCUCCUUCUCCCCUCCUGCAAUUAGCCAAGCGAUCUCUCUCUCUCUCUCUCUCUCACUACGUUAGUUUGUUAGUUAAUCAGUUAGUUCGUAUUCGGUGCCAUGAAACGCACAAACGACGACGUAGCCCCAACCGGGAAGCCAGUCUUCCUAACCAAAGCCCAGCGGGAGCAGCUCGCCCUUCAACGCCGCCAGGAAGAAAUCGCCGAGCAGAAGCGCCGCCAGGAACAGCUCCUUUCCCGUUACCGCCCCUCCGAUCCCGCCACCGAUCCCAAACCCUCCUCCGACCGCGACCGAGACAGAGAUAGGGAUAGGGAUAGGGAUAGGGAUAGGGAUAGGGAUAGGGAUAGAGAUAGAGACAGAGACAGAGAUAGGGAUAGAGACAGGGACAGAGACAGAGACAGAGAGCGAGAGCGCGAGCGUGACAGGGCACGCGAUCGUGACCGCGAAGCCGAACGGCGGAACAGAGAGAGAGAGCGCGAAGAGGAGAGCAGAGCUCGGGAACGUGCUCGGUUGGAGAAAUUGGCGGAGCGGGAGCGCGAGAAGGAGCUGGACUCGAUAAAGGAGCAGUACCUUGGUUCCAAGAAGCCUAAGAAGCGCGUCAUCAAGCCCAGCGAGAAGUUCCGCUUCUCCUUCGAUUGGGAGAACACCGAGGACACAUCCCGCGACAUGAACGCCCUCUACCAGAACCCUCACGAGGCUCAGCUCCUCUUCGGCCGCGGCUUCCGCGCCGGCAUGGACCGCCGCGAGCAGAAGAAGCUCGCCGCCAAAAACGAGAAGGAGAUGCGCGAGCAAAUCCGUAAGAAGGACGGCGUCGAAGAGAAACCUGAGGAGGCUGACGCACAACGGCGGAAGGAGGCUGCCGCCGAUCUCUACGACACGUUUGACAUGAGGGUGGACCGGCAUUGGAGCGAGAAGAAGCUUGAUGAGAUGACGGAGAGGGAUUGGCGUAUAUUCAGAGAGGACUACAACAUCUCCUACAAGGGUUCGAAGAUCCCUCGACCCAUGCGGAGCUGGAAUGAGAGCAAGCUGAGUCACGAGCUGUUGAAGGCCGUGGAGAAAGCUGGCUACAAAACCCCUUCUCCUAUUCAGAUGGCCGCUAUUCCCCUUGGCUUGCAGCAGCGUGAUGUCAUUGGCAUUGCUGAAACCGGUUCUGGGAAAACCGCUGCUUUUGUUCUUCCAAUGUUGAGUUAUAUCACCAGGCUUCCUCCCAUGAGUGAGGACAACGAGGCUGAGGGUCCCUAUGCGGUUGUUAUGGCCCCCACUCGCGAGCUCGCGCAGCAGAUUGAGGAUGAGACUGUUAAGUUUGCUCAGUAUCUGGGCAUCAAAGUGGUUUCCAUUGUUGGUGGACAGUCCAUUGAGGAGCAAGGGUUUAAGAUUAGGCAGGGAUGUGAGAUUGUGAUUGCCACUCCUGGUCGUUUGAUUGAUUGCUUGGAGCGGCGCUAUGCUGUUCUUAAUCAGUGCAAUUAUGUUGUUCUUGAUGAGGCUGAUCGGAUGAUUGAUAUGGGGUUUGAGCCCCAGGUGAUGGGCGUGCUGGAUGCCAUGCCUUCCAGCAAUCUCAAACCUGAGAAUGAAGACGAGGAGCUCGAUGAGAAGAAGAUUUACCGGACCACUUAUAUGUUCAGCGCCACCAUGCCUCCGGCUGUGGAGAGGCUUGCUAGGAAAUAUUUAAGGAACCCUGUUGUGGUGACUAUAGGAACUGCUGGAAAGGCAACUGACCUGAUCAGCCAGCAUGUGAUCAUGAUGAAGGAAUCCGAGAAAUUUCACAAGCUUCAGAGAUUGCUUGAUGAACUUAAUGACAAGACGGCGAUUGUGUUUGUUAACACUAAGAAGAAUGCAGAUAUGGUUGCCAAGAAUUUGGACAAGGAGGGCUAUCGCGUGACUACUUUGCACGGAGGGAAGUCACAGGAGCAGAGGGAAAUUAGUCUUGAAGGGUUUAGGACCAAGAGAUAUAAUGUUCUUGUUGCCACUGAUGUUGCUGGACGUGGGAUUGACAUACCUGAUGUGGCUCAUGUCAUCAACUACGAUAUGCCUGGGAAUAUUGAAAUGUACACGCACCGUAUUGGGCGUACUGGUCGUGCAGGAAAGACCGGUGUGGCCACGACAUUCCUGACUCUUCAGGACACUGAUGUCUUUUAUGACCUCAAACAGAUGCUCAUUCAAAGUAAUAGCCCUGUUCCACCGGAGCUGGCAAGGCAUGAAGCUUCAAAAUUCAAGCCAGGAACUAUUCCUGACAGACCACCUAGACGAAAUGACACUGUUUUUGCGCAUUAGAGAACUUUUUGGCGGUAGCCACUUCUUUGAAAGGCAUCUACUUUUCUGGUAAUAUGAAGUUUUCUGGAGUAAUGAACAUUUUGCCUGUGAUGCUCUUAGCAGCUGCAUAAUCGGCUCUUUGCUGUUAUAUGAUCUUGUAUAAAAUUUAAUUACGGCAUUCCUUCUGUUCUGGUAUCAUUGUCCUUGCUUGUAUUCUGCUAUAACUAGAGCUAUUAUUCUGCUUAUUAUUUCUAACAGGAAUUGAUAGUUUUAGAUGAGGAUAUUUGAUUAAUUUUGUCAUUUGGCUUUGGUAUUUGUCAUCUUAUGUUACAGUGGUUGUCUUUUUUAUUAUCUUUCUUGCAUUAUCCAGGCUGUGCUAACUUGUUCACACCUGUUUGAUAAUGUUUUGCGUUUUUGCUCAAGUCUUUAAAGUUAAAACUAGUUUCUAGCAUUUAGCCGAUGUCAAAUCAAACGAUGAAUAUGUUGUGGUAACUUAUUUGUGUCAAAUGUUGCUUCAGUUUGGAUUAAUUUCAGUUAUAUUUUCGGUGCCAUUAUCCCAGUACUGCCACGCCAUGUAUGUAGUAACGCAUACACAAAAUUUUUAAUUCAUUAACAUGUAAAAUGCUUUAUAAUUUUCAGCCCACUUUAGCUAUCAGCACCUUUUGCCUCUCGAUCAAUUGGGCAUAUACGUAGACAACAGACAUAUCUUUGGUGACAUGUCUGAAAUAUGAAGCUGAUGAGGAAAUGAUAGAUACAAAUAAGUUGUAAUAAGUUGAAUGCUAUAUUGCCUAAUUUGAAACUUUAUGUGCACCGUGAUAGUAAAUUGAUAGCUGCAGAUGCAAUCUUAAAUUAUUAGAUAAGGAAUUGGGAUACCACGAUUGGAUGUCUUAUUAGUUGUAGAAUCAUGACGUAUAAAAUCCUUGAAAUUAGUUUAUUAAGCUAAAUUGCACAACAGUAAUCUGGCGUGCAGUAUUUGCUAAAAGCACGGUGUAUACUAGGUAGAAAGGUGCCAAGGCCAAGGGGUUUUAAUUACUUGUAGUAGCUGAUGCCUUUCUAAAGGAAGACGUUAACAUGAAAAGAUGAAACUAAUAAAACAUUUUACUAUAUUGCAUUGAUGAACCACUAAAUAUUAAAAUUUGCAGUUUCAAAGACCAACAACUAAUUAGUACGGUGCUAAAGUUGUGCCUCACUUCAACCAGAUAGGUUCUCCUAAGGUGCCAAGAUGUGCUGACCCUUUUUUGGUGCCUUACCUCAAUUCCUCAGGCACACCUUAAGGUGCCUUUGACGGCAAUGCUCUGGUCCGGUUUCGUCAUGAUUGUAUUUUGUUGUCAUUCUGUUGAAGUUUUUCAUGGGUGCCCUUGUUAAUUAAUGAUUUUAAUGCUUGUGUUGAGAUUUCAAUUCCGUUUCUGUUGGCUCAGUUCCAGAUACAAGUUUUCUGACAUUGACGGUGCAUAAUACAGUGUUAUCUGUU